CUCGCCCCCCCCGCGCCUGAGAAAGCCCGUGUUGGGCUGACACUGUAGCGACACGGGCUGAGCCGACAUGGAGGCCCGACCAACGAGAGGGCCCCGUGCUGACACAUCUAGGUUCCGCUAACACAGCGUCGGAGUGGAUUUUCGGAAGAUCUCCGAAGAAAUACAGACUACCACUCGCUCACUUGGAGUAAUGCGUGGCCACCACAUUGCCACAAACGAGGAAAGACACGGAGCCAAAUAAUGUGAACACCAUUUCUGGACGACGACAAGAGCUCAAGGACGGAGUAAGAGGGCCGAACUGACGGGGAAGGAUAGAAACCCUCUCAGGGGGGAAAAAAAGGAGAGCUUCGACCUCAUUGUUAUCCCUCUCCCCCUUUCCCUCGUCCUUCCCUCCCCGGGCCCCUUUCCUGUAUUCUUCCGAGGGUACACGUUGCCCUACCCUUAUGGAUCAGAAGAUUCACGGCAGAACGGCAACGCCGCCGCCGCCUCUUCUCUCAGGUGUUCCUACCGGGGAGCGGGAGAAAGAAGGAGGGGUUGGAAAGAAAGAAGAUGAGGAGGACAAGAAGAGGGACAAAGAGAAAGAGGCUUCCGGUGUAUCGGAUGAAACGGGAGCAGCUGCUCAAGGUGGUGCUGGUGACCAGUCGCAAUUCUCCAUCAAGGAGAGCAGCCUAUCCGAGGGCAAUGUCAAACUGAAGAUUGGUCUCCAAGCAAAACGCAUGAAAAAACCUCCCAAGAUCUUGGAGAAUUAUGUCUGCAGACCAGCUUUCCGGGCUACAAUGCGGAAUCCCGGACGGGGAGGAGGUGGCGCUCGAGGAAAUCGUGCAGGGAAUACAAACGAUGGGCCAGGUAGCCAGAGUCAGAGUCCUUCUCACGUCAGGGAAAAAGAGAAGGAGCAGAGUCCAAGUGUCAACAGACCAGUCGCACUAUCCUCAUCAAACCCAUCUUCCAAAGUCCCAACAUCACUCCCGGCUGCUGGACCUCCACUGACCAGCACAGCUGCCGUGGCACCGCCUCAAGUCAAUGGGAGCGCUUCGGGAAAACGGGCUCCACCAAAGAUGGAUUGUCUGUCUGACACAAAGUCAGACGCUAAAGCAGCUAAUGCCACAUCUGAACGGCCCCUGAAUCUUCAUCGGCCUCUCCCAGACAGCAAACUUCAUCCUUCCGGGAAGAAAACACCAACUCUGCAACCCAACCCUCGGUCAUCAGCACCCUCCUCACCAUUACCUGCAUCUAAGGAACCUAGCUGCGAAGGCGUCAAACCCCCACAACAUACAUACAGCAACGAAGGUCAACGAGAUAAAGAGAAGGCAAUUCAAAGCUGGGGAGCGCCGACCGUCACUGAAAAAUUAGCUCAACUCAUCGCCACUUGCCCGCCAUCAAAGACCGCAAAGCCUGUCAAACCUGCCAAGACGGACCCCGCUCCUUCCCACCCAAGCUCAGGUUUUAUGACACCCACAGCCAAGCAGCGAGACAGGGCUAUGGCCAAUAGGAAUACCUAUUCAAGAGUGGUUCACCUCUCUCCCCCCCUACCAGUGUCACGGCCACCUGGCCGGCCCUACGGUUCUCGGAACAAAGACAUGGCUCUGGAAAACUCACCCACCUUGACACCAACAAGGAAGGAAGACACGGAUGGAACUGGCAAACCAAACAGCGGCGGUAUUCUCAUGAGCAGCAGUAGUCGCAGCAGCAGCCCAGCACUCCUCUAUGGCAAUAACAGACUGCCUUCCAUGUCCAAGGACACUAACAAUGACAACGUUAAUAGCAUUCCUAAACUGCCGUCUCGUCCUGGUCACUUCUCAGCCCACACCUCAGGUUUGUCCACUUCUCCUGUUUCGUCCUCUUCUACCACCACAGCUGAGCAGAGGACUCUGAGUCAUCUCGGCUCCCCUGCUGCCUCACAAGCAGACCGCGCAGGAGAGACCCCCGUUCCUGCAGAGGAAAGCAUUGCAAGUCUGAGACAACACGGCAGCCCCAGAGAUGUGAGCAAUUGCGGUCCUGCGACAGGAACAGCAAGGCCUGAAGGGAGAGACAAAAGUGCUAGCAAUCAAUCACUGCGAGGUGAGGGUGACAAGAGCUCAAGUCCAACUAAGCAUAGUCCCAAUAGGGACAGCAGUCGUGUCGGUCGGCUCAUCAGCCCCCCAGAACCUGGAAGGCCUUGGGCAUCGUCUCCACCCGAGCCAGAAGGCGAAGGCAGCCCUCGGACUCCCCUUCGGGAUGAUUCUCCCGAUUCGUCCAUAGACUCUGCAACAGAGCAGGACAGUAAGCCCCUUAAAAAGCGCAGAGGAAGGAAGCCACGCUGGGGCCGUGCUAUGAACAAGGUACACGAUCAAAGAGCAGACGUCGACAGUCCGUUUGACCCGAGCAAAACCACCAUGCCUUUAUCCUCCAGCCUGGAAACGUCAUCUCCGCUUAAGAGACCCGUGGGGAGACCUCCAAAUCCAAAUAGAAUGAAACCAAAUACUCUGCCACAAAGUUCAAUGUCACGUCUCUUUACCUCGUCAUCCCAGCCCAAAAAAAGGGGAAGGCCAAAGGCGACGAUGCCCAGACUUGAUGCCCCAUCCCAUGGGCGCCCCCAUAGCAAAUUAGCCGCAUCCAAGGUUUAUUCCACUUUUUUAAAGUCCAAAGAAGAGCAAGACCCUCCUGUGCUCCAUCCAGAGGUUGACAUCAACCCCCCGAAGCCUACCGCCCGAAAACGUGGGCGCCCCAAGCGCCUUCCACCGACCUUACCCGAAGAGAGUCAGCCUCCCACAUUGGCUCCCGAAGCAGGGGACGUCGGGGACAAACGGUACCACAGCAAAGGAAAUGGGCAGCUUAUUAUGAAAACAAUCAUCGGCAAGAUCAACAAGAUGAAGAGUGUGAAACGUAAGCGUAUUCUCAGUCAAAUCCUGUUAGGACCAAGAAAAGAAGACCCCCCCAAAGUGUCUCCAAGGGCAGUGGUUGGCUCUGCGGAAGCCGCAACUCAUUCUUUGUCCUCCCUGGCCGCCUCUCUUGGGGGAAAACUUGGGCCACAAAUUAACGUGAGCAAGAAAGGCACAAUAUAUAUGGGCAAGAGGAGAGGGCGUAAACCCAAAAUGGUUCAUGGCACAGCGACGACAGCUCCGCCGGAACCCUUCUUGUCCCCGAGCAUGACUUCUCCUCUGCAUCACCAUCCAUCUCAGCAACAGCACCAGCAUUCCUCCUCGGAAAUCUUUCCUUCACCUUCCCUCUCACAGUCGAGCGGAGGCCAUAGUCCUAUCAGCGAGGGCGGCUUUGUGGAGCCGGGCUCAGUGCACUUUGCCGGUCAUCCUCACUAUUCAAACAGUCACAGCACAUUUGCUUUCCCCCCGCCCACUUUUUCAGCUCCAAAUCUCCGCAGUCCAGUCCUCGGCUCCUCUUUUAACCCGGCCACACCAACCUCUCAGAAAAAGUCGUCGUUCCGUGGGUAUCACCACCACCACCACCACCACCACCACCCCCACUACAGGCAGCACUACCACUGUCACAAGCUGUCCCCUCCUCGGCCACUACAUCCCACCUCCCCAGCGCCCCUGAGUGAGCUGAAAGAAGCCACCCCAUCCCCAGUGAGCGAGUCCCACAGCGAGGAGACCGUACCCAGUGACAGUGGCAUAGGAACAGACAACAACAGCACCUCGGACCGCGGUGAGAAAGCCGGAGGAGCAGGCGCUUUGGGUGGAUUGGGCAUAGCCGCCGGGCUCAGUGGUGGUUUAUUAAUGCCCGGUGUUAUUGGCUCAUCAAUGGGGCCAGGUUUGGCACUUAACGCAAGAGGCAGCCGACGCCACUCCGCUCUGCUCGUGGACCAUCCCUCGCCUUCUCCCUCGCCACAUAUGGCCAGGUUAUCACCUGAGCCACGGCGACCUCACCCAGCAGCCCCGUCUACCUCCAUAUUGGGCCACAAGGAAAAACAUAAGCAUAAAUGCAAGCGCCGUAGCCAUGGGUGCCCAGGCUACGAAAAGCUGAAGAGACAGAAAAGGAAACGCAAGAAGAAAUACCUACAACUCCGCUCUCGGCGGAUCGACCCCAACUUUCUUGCUGAACUGGACGAGAUUAUCAUAAGGAUGAGUGAAAUUCGCAUCGCGCAUCGUACCACUGGGCACCGUCUUGGUGGCGGCAUAGCAGCGGGGGCAACUCGAUUGCCGGGAGGAGGCAACCGCGCCAGUGGCAUGGGUGCGACCAGUGGCCCCCCACCUCAUCAUUACAUUCACAGAGAUCUCCUGCCCACCAUCUUCCGGGUUAAUUUUGGCAGCUUCUAUUCCCAUCCUGCGUACACUUGUGAUCCGUUGCACUACGUCCGUAAACCAGACAUGAAAAAGAAACGUGGGCGACCACCAAAACUCAGAGACUCCAUGUCAGAGGUUCCUUUUGUACCAGGGCUCGGAUUCCCUCUUUCCAGUGGGGGCUUCUACCAUCCUUCUUACAGUGUUCCUUAUUCCUCCGGACCCCUUGGCCUGGGCUAUUACAGGGGUUACCCUCCGGCCAGUGCUCUGUAUCCUCACCCCCACCACCAGUCACCCCACACGGCCUCAUCUCACCACUCUCAUCACUCGCCAACUUUUCCCCCUGCUCCCCCUACAUCUUACAUGCAUCAUCACCACCCCUCUCAUCUCCUGUUAAACCCUUCGAAAUUCCACAAGAAAAAACACAAGCUGCUUCGGCAGGAGUACCUCGGAGGCCGGUCUCCUGUUCUUUACCCACCCAUGUCCUCGGAGCUGUCUUUCAACUGGCACCACAAACACAAACACCGACACAGAUACAGAGAGCGAUGUGCCGACGAGGGCAGGGAAGAGGAAGAAAAAACAGUGGGCGGACCUGUAAAUCGUGGUGGCGCCGGUUUGUCUGACAGCGGAGCAUCGGGGAAAGGAGAGAGAGUUGCUCACUUGGGAAUGGCGGAGUCUUUGCAACGAUGCCGCUUUGGCCGGAGCACCUCCGGCAACGGCGCGGCCAAGCAAGCGGGUGUCACUUUAGCCAAUUCCCCUUCUUCCUCCUCCUCAUCUUCUGCAGACAGGUAUAAGCGCAAAGAAAGCUCAAUUUCCUGUCUUGGACCCUCCAGGCUAGCUUUGGGGAGCAGCUCCAAAAGCCAGCCCCCAACAGAGUCCUGGUUCAGAGUGGGCUCCUCUGAGGCCGACUACUCCAAGCUUUCACGUCGCCAUGUGUUGCCCGGUCAGGGGCGCUUCUCAAAUGGAAGGCCGGAAGAACUUCCCGCUUGCUCUGACAGUGAGGACGAGGGACCUCUCACACCCAGAGAAGACGUGGAGCCGAGAGGCCACGAUCCUCCAAAUCUCACAAAUCUCUUUGCCUCCGCUCUCACUCGCACUAACUUGAAGGGGUGCAGGAACAGAAAGAAUGAGACGGCGCCGGAGAAUACCUGCUUCCCCCGUAUGGACCGGACAUUAAGAAAAGACCGCUCCGUCUUGGCCGAGAGAAGAGAAUUAGGGCCGGCAAGCAUCCAGACGAGAGGCGGUGUACUCUCGAAAUCAGAAGGGCCGGAAGCAUCCCUGCACCACCGACAACAGCUCCAUCACCAGUCCCCUAUGUUUUACUCCCAUGGCCCGGUGUCCUCUUCCCGCCUGUCACCCUCCCAGGACUGUUGCCUCGAUGCCUCCCUUCCCCAUCAGUCGCACCGAUCGCAGAAAUCCAAGCACAGUCUUCACCACGUCAACAAAAUCCUGCGUGCCAAGAAGCUGCAGCGGCAAGCCCGUACAGGAAAUAACAUGGUGAAAAAGAGGGGCCCCGGGCGCCCCCGAAAGCAUCCGUUGCCUUCGCCGCCACCAUCACCAAUUCCUGACGUUGAAUUAAACCAAACCCGGCAUAGAGUCGGAGAUCGGCUGGCAGGAGCCAGAAUCUGGGAUGGGGAUACUGUCAAAGAUACCAUUGAGGCAGUUGUCCAAGAUCAGCGUGGCGGAGGACAGAAAAGGAAACACUGGGAGAGAGAGGAAGGCGAGGAAGAAGAGGAAGGGGAGGUGGAGGACACCGUGGAGCAAUUGCACCACAGAGAAGAACAUGUGGGCCACCCGAUGCCAAGGUCCAGACCGGGGCCUGGGAAGUGCUGGCUUGCCCAGGAUGAGAUCAGUCCCUUUGCUGGCUCAGUGGAGAGUAAGCCAGAUGGCCACCUCUCCCCACAACGCCAAGACCCAGCCUCCAGGGAACAAGCAUCAGCCAUCCCCCUCACCGGCCCACGGGAAAAGAGACUAGCCAGGCCCCCAAAGAAAAAGUUCCAGAAGGCUGGACUUUACUCGGAUGUGUUCAAGACCGAGGAUCCCCGCAGUCAGCUUCUACAGCUAAAGAAAGAGAAGCUUGAGUACAUACCUGGGGAACAUGAUUACGGAUUAUUUCCGGCACCCAUACAUGUUGGAAAGUACCUGAGACAGAAGCGCAUUGAUUUCCAGUUGCCGUACGACAUCCUAUGGCUGUGGAAACACGAUCAGCUAUACAAAAGGCCUGACGUCCCUCUUUACAAAAAGAUCAGAUCAAACGUGUAUGUUGAUGUCAAGCCUUUCUCCGGCUAUGAAACGACGACAUGCAACUGCAAAACCCCUGAGAAUCGCAGUGAAAAAGGUUGUCUGGAUGACUGCCUCAACAGGAUGAGCUUUGCCGAGUGCUCUCCCAGCACCUGCCCGUGUCGUGAGCACUGCGACAACCAGCAUAUCCAGAGGCACGAAUGGGUUCAGUGUCUGGAGCGUUUCCGUGCGGAGGGCAAGGGCUGGGGCAUCCGCACCAAGGAGAGUCUCCGCUCUGGGCAGUUCAUUAUUGAGUACCUGGGAGAAGUGGUCAGCGAACAUGAGUUCAGGAGUCGUAUGAUGCAGCAGUACUUUGCUCACAGCGGCCACUACUGUCUGAAUCUCGAUAGUGGCAUGGUGAUUGACAGCUAUAGAAUGGGCAAUGAGGCGCGCUUCAUAAACCACAGCUGUGAGCCCAACUGUGAGAUGCAGAAGUGGUCAGUCAACGGGGUGUACAGAAUUGGUCUUUUUGCGCUCAAGGACAUCAGCAGCGGUACCGAGCUCACCUACGAUUACAACUUCCAUUCCUUCAACACGGAGGAACAGCAAGUCUGUAAGUGUGGCUCAGAGAGUUGCAGAGGCAUCAUCGGCGGGAAAAGCCAGCGCGUCAAUGGACUGCCUGGCAAGGCGGCUGGUACUCGGCGACUGGGUCGACUCAAGGAGAAACGGAAAUCCAAACACCAACUUAAAAAACGAGAGGAAGAAUCAAGCGAUAGCAACAAGUUUUACCCUCAUCUUAUGAAACCCAUGUCAAACAGAGAGAGGAACUUUGUGCUCAAGCAUCGAGUGUUCCUCCUGAGGAACUGGGAAAAAAUGAGGGAAAAACAGGAAUUGCUCAAACGAGAGGGUGAAAGAGAGAGAGACCCCGGCAGCCUGUCCAUAUACACUCGCUGGGGAGGUGUCAUCCGUGAUGACGGCAACAUUAAGUCAGAUGUUUUCCUCACGCAGUUCUCAGCCCUGCAGACGUCACGGUCGGUGCGUACGCGCAGGCUUGCCGCCGCUGAAGAAAACACAGAAGUCACCCGCACUGCUCGCCUCGCGCAUAUCUUCAAGGAGAUUUGCGACAUGAUUACCAGCUACAAGGAUUCAUCCAGCCAGACGCUCGCUGCUCCACUGUUGAACCUCCCGUCACGGAAAAGGAACAGCCAUUACUACGAGAAGGUGUCGGACCCUCUGGACUUGAGCACCAUCGAGAAACAAAUCCUCACGGGCCAUUACAAGACCGUUGAAGCAUUCGACACCGACAUGCUCAAAGUGUUCCGCAAUGCUGAGAAAUAUUAUGGCCGAAAGUCGUCCAUCGGCAGGGACGUGUGCCGGCUGCGCAAAGCCUACUACAGUGCCCGCAACGAGGCUGCCGUGCAGAUCGAUGAGAUUAUGGGCGAGACGGCCAGUGAGGCCGACAGCUCCGACUCGCUGGAGCGCGACCGGGGCCACCAACCCGGAGGUUCGGGAUCCCACGACAAGGACGACGACGUGAUCCGCUGCAUCUGUGGCAUGUACAAGGACGAAGGCUUGAUGAUCCAGUGUGAAAAGUGCAUGGUAUGGCAACACUGCGACUGCAUGCGGUUGGAGACGGAAGUGGAGCACUAUCUGUGUGAGGAGUGUGAGCCGAGGCCUGUGGACACGGAAGUCCCCAUGAUACCUCAACCCAGCUACGCCCAGGCUGGCUCCGUCUACUACAUCUGCCUCCUAAGAGAUGAGCUGCUUCUGCACCAAGGCGACUGUGUGUACCUGAUGCGAGACAGCAGACGCACACCCGAGGGCCAGCCCAUCAGACAGUCUUACCGCCUCCUCUCUCACGUCAACCGGGACAAACUUGACAUCUUCCGCAUCGAGAAACUCUGGAAGAACGAAAAGGGUGAGCGGUUCGCCUUUGGCCACCACUACUUCCGUCCUCACGAGACACACCAUUCGCCAUCGCGCCGGUUCUACCAGAACGAGUUAUUUCGCAUGCCACUCUACGAGAUCAUCCCCCUUGAAGCGGUGGUCGCCACCUGCUGCGUCCUUGAUCUCUACACGUACUGCAAAGGCCGGCCAAAGGGGGUGAAAGAGCCAGAUGUGUACAUCUGUGACUACCGCUUGGACAAAUCAGCUCACCUUUUCUACAAAAUACAUCGGAACCGCUACCCAGUGUGUACCAAGCCAUACGCCUUCAACCAUUUCCCCAAGCGGCUGACACCCAAGAGAGACUUCUCGCCUCACUACGUUCCUGACAACUACAAGAGGAAUGGGGGCCGCUCGGCAUGGAAGAGUGAGCGUUCCAAAGGAUCCGCCGGCUGCGAGGACGACGGCUCUUCAUGCGAGCGGGGAGAUGGCUUUCCACCAGAGGCUGGAGACAGGAGAUUGGAGGAGGACGUGGACGUAGCCGCGGGCGCUCCUCAACUUUUAGCGGGCAGGCCUCCGCCAGCAGAAGGGGACAACGAUGAAGAUGAAGAGGGGGCUGAAGGGCAAGGGCCUGAGGCGGAGGAACAGAAGGAGCAGCGGGAGGGCUCCACCGAGAGGAUCGGGGAGAUGCCCGAGCAGCCGUCCUCGUCAGCCUGCUCCCCGCUUCGCCACCCUGCGCUGGGCAGGAGGGAGGCCCAAAGGGAGCGGCUCAACAAGAUUCUCUUGGAUCUGCUACACAGAACACCCAGCAAGAAUGGUGAGGAAUCAGCCGUAGAUGUCACUUAUCUCCUGGAGGAGGAUGAGGAGGAGGAGGAGGGUGCAGGGCGGCGCCUACGGCAACAGACACUUGGAUGUGGUGAUAUUUGUUGACAGAAAGUAACAUUUCAACAUGCCAGGCAAGGUACUGUCUUUCACUUUCUGAAGCGCAGGGAGAUGAUCACAAAGGAAAUGAUUCUAGUUGGCCAUCCAAACCCUUCCAGACCAUAAUGCGUCUUUUGGACCUCCCGGUAUACCUCCUCCAGGACUUGGUCAUCUCAACUCUUGAGACGGUGGAGGGGGUUUGGAAGCUCCGAGUUUAUGUCCAUUACAUUUCCAAGGAGCGCUUGUCAGAUGAACCCAUGGGACAAAAAGCCCACACAUCCACUGAAAUGACACAUUUGGUACGGAGUAGCACGCUGACUGAUGGCUAUCGCUCACUCAGUGCAAAUAAGAAUGCUGGAGACUUGCUCGCCCUUGUGGGACCAUGCUGCAAUGUCAGUGCAUCAAAUGAGGGACACUACCGCGUGCGCGUGUGUGUGCGUGCGCGCGUGCUGGAAUUUUUGGAGUGGAAGUAAACAAGUAGAGGUGCAAGAUGCUGCUCGUGAGAAGAGGGGGGGAAAAAAAGGUAGGUAGACUGCACUUUUGGUACCAUGGAUAUAGUGAAUCUCGAUGUAAUGUAACUGUAUUGAAAACACACUAAAAUAGUGCUUGAUGAUGCUGCGUGUGUGUGUGUGUGGGGGGGGGGGGUCAAUUACGUUUUCCCUAGCAUACUGUACUUAACUUACUCAUGUAGACCCAGACUAGGCCUGUUUGUUCCUAAAGGGAGGGAGGGAAGACUGAGCGCUUUUUGUCAAGUGUAUUGUUGAGGUUUGGAUUUUCCGUUUUUUUUUUUUCCCCUCCCUGUACGACGGUCGGCUUUUCAAAUGAUGGAUUCACCAGCUUAACUAAAUCAGGUGGGAGGGACAUGGGCUUCAACUGUAACGCCUUACUCGGUUGUGCUCUCUAACUGCCCGUUUUUCAGUGUGCAUUACACACACUUUCUGUGCAUCUAUACAGGCGACACAAUUUCCUGAAGAGUUCCAUUUUUUUUUUUAAAGAAAAAAAAACAAGGGCUUAAUGGCAAUUAACAGUUUUCAGAAAACUAUGGAAAGCAUUGCUUAACAUGAAAUGUAUCGUGAUGGUCGUAUUUUCUUAUAUUCUGUGAGACAAGUGAAUACUGUAUAUAGGGAGAAAAAUUAACUUUGGUCUCUUUGUCCCUUGUUGCCAUGGAGAAUGUUUGAAAAGAAUUAGUGUUAUCUGAUGCGACCCCCCCCCACACCCCCGCCGCCCAAAAGGGACGAGCGACGGAGUCCCAAUGUUGUAAACUGACUAAGAAUCCAUUAAAAUGACACUGAGGAUGGACAAUUGUAAUGCUUCAGCUGUACAGUGUGCCAAGUUGUGUAUAUAGACACGCUUUACAUUGAGGGGUUUCUCCUAAAGCAAUAUCUUGGAUAAAAUGAAUUCGUUUGUUAUUGUACUGUACAGGACUCAGCCCUAAAUGUAUUGCGAUUAUUAUGAUCAUGCUAAUAUUUCAAUGGCUUUGUAUUGCUAUUAUGAAGACACUUAAACUUCUCACCCUAACUUCCCUGACAACUUAGAAGCCCAACUUUUGUUGCCUAUAACAGAAAUUCAUGUAAAUGUUGUGCAUGAGCGAGAAGAAUGUCAAGCCAAACACAAGGCAGCGGGCCACGGCAGUGACACAGCAACACCCUUGCCACUGAACAUUGUUACUAAUAUUGCUUUUAUUAAGGGGGAGUAUACUCCUAUGUUUUGUUUUGUUUUUGUUUUGUUUUUUUGCUGCAAAGUGUUGAACACUAAAAAAGCUAGCCAACAUAAAAAGGUUAUAGUAUUUUUGAGCAGUGAUAAAAACAAAAAUGAACCCAUCAGACCAUUAUCACGUUCCUGUUAUUUUUUUUUCAAAUCGGAAAUGGUUCCCUUUUGUGAUAGCAGUCAGUGUAUGAUGCUUGUACUUGUAUUUGUGCGUUUUCUGUGAUUUCUUUAGUUAUUUUUAGACAAUCACAAAAUAAGAUGCAAGCAUUGUAAAUGGCAAAUCGGCUGACAUUUUGUGACGUGUACAGUUUGUCAAAAACUCUCCCCACUCGUUAAACGUUUGUAAUUAUGAUUCUUAAGUCAUGAAAAUAUGCUGUUGGUUUUUACUUUUUGUUUUAUAUUUGUUUGUUUUGUUUGAUUUUUUAAUAAAAAGCACUACGUUAUUGUA